CCACAGAUCUUCCCCACCUGGCUGGCCCCAAACUUGAUAACCUUCUCUGGCUUCCUGCUCCUCGUCUUCAACUUCUUCCUCAUGGCCUACUUCGACCCGGACUUCUACGCCUCUGCUCCUGACCACCAGCACGUUCCCAACGGAGUGUGGAUCGUGGUGGGGAUCCUCAACUUCAUGGCCUACACGUUAGAUGGGGUGGACGGGAAGCAGGCGCGUCGCACCAACUCCAGCACCCCCCUGGGAGAGCUCUUCGACCACGGGCUGGACAGCUGGGCCUGCGUGUACUUCGUGGUCACCGUCUACUCCACCUUCGGCCGCGGCUCCACCGGCGUCAGCGUCUUCGUGCUCUACCUCCUGCUCUGGGUGGUCUUGUUCUCCUUCAUCCUCUCCCACUGGGAGAAGUACAACACGGGCAUUCUGUUCCUGCCCUGGGGAUAUGACAUCAGCCAGGUGACCAUUUCAAUUGUCUACAUAGUGACAGCCUUUGUGGGAGUUGAGGCCUGGUAUGCACCUUUCCUGUUUAAUUUCUUAUAUAGAGACCUAUUCACUGCAAUGAUUAUUGCCUGUGCUCUCACUGUGACGCUGCCCAUGAGCCUCUACAACUUCUACAAGGCCUAUAAAAACAACACCCUGAAGCACCACUCUGCGUAUGAAAUCCUGCUGCCCCUCGUGUCCCCCGUGCUGCUCUUCCUGCUCUGCACCACCUGGGUCUUCCUGUCCCCCACGGACAUCCUGGAGGUCCAGCCCAGGCUCUUCUACUUCAUGGUUGGAACAGCCUUUGCCAACAUCUCUUGCCAGCUGAUCGUGUGCCAGAUGAGCAGCACGCGGUGCCGGCCCCUGCACUGGAUGCUGGUGCCCAUCUCCGCCGCGCUGCUGCUCGUCCUGUCGGGGCUGGUGGCCCAGGCCGAGGCGCUGCUGCUCUACCUGCUGACGGCCUUCCUCACCCUGGCACACGUCCACUACGGCGUCGUCGUGGUGAGCCAGCUGAGCAGGCACUUCAACAUCAGGCCCUUCUCCCUCAAGAAGCCCACGCCGGACUGA